AUGUCUAUUACUAAAAUACCAAUUAAUAUUUCUUCAAUUUCAAAAACAAACAAGUCUCAAUCUUUUCGGAAUAAACAACUUCGUUGGGCAAAGAAUAUAAAAUUUGAAGAUAUCAUCCUAUAUGUUCUUGCUAGUAUAGCUGGUCUCGUCUUCAUUGGAUUUACUUUUGACAGAGCAUAUCAUGUGUGGAAAAAAAAUCGCAUGAAUGGUGGUGCAAUUACUAUAUUUGUUAUGGAUUUAUUAGUAUGUGAAAUGCUUAUCUACUGGUUGAUUGCUGGUAUCUAUGUUCUUAUUCUAAAAUAUUGUCAACAACAUCAACAGUAUCAUCUUCGAGAAUCUAUUGAAUCUAUUGAUUCGUCUAAUUCUAUCAAGAUUAUAUGGUUUUCAAAACGAUAUCUUCAAAAGUUAAAGACGGCGAUGAAUGAAGUUUUAAUUUCGGAACAUCAUCAUUUCAAUGUUUAA